AUGGUUUUAGCCCAUAUAGGUGGCUUACCUGAUUCCAUCACGUCACGAAAUCUAACAAACAAUUGCAUAAAAUGCUUUGAAAUAUAUAAUUAUAUAUUUUCAGUCAAGUUCACCGUUCGUACUGCUGGAUCUUAUAAAAUUUCGGUGAUGAUCGGUUCAAGUCAUAUUGCUGGUAGUCCAUUUGUUCGAAACUUUGUACCAGGAUCAAUUGACUCAACGAAAUCUCGUUUGGUGCGUCCGGCAAAUACAGUUGUUUGUUGUGCAAGCGCUGCAACAUUACUGUACAUUGAACCUCGUGACGAAUUUGGCAAUGGUUGCACAUUCAAACGUGAUAUAGAUGCCAUUCGUGAUUUUCAAGUGAAAGUUUAUGAUUUGAAUGAUGUGAGAGAUGAAAAACUUAGCGAUGCAAUUAUUCUAUCGUAUGAUAAAGUGAAUCUUCGCAUCUCAGUGACCAUGCUUUUUCCGGAGCCGAUUUGUGUCAAAGCUUGCAUUACAUUCAAAGGUCAGCUCAUCCCUAAUGGAUCAUUUGAUGUUUUAGUUUUAAGUAGCAGCGACACUACAUUAGUUCACAAAAAUAUUUCCAAACGUAAUAUCUGCUACGAAGCCAAACUAUUAAACAUAUUUUCACAGCAAAAAUCCAAAUGUUCACCGCGCAAAGUGGUUUGUUACAUUGGUCCGAAACAGAUUGUUGUGAAGGAGAAGAUAUUGAAACUAAUACCAAAACGCAUUGCAACAUUCAGACUUUGCCCCUCCACAAAGUUCAUUUUCUUGCCAACGUCGAAUCUUAGCCAGUAUGGUCCUGUUUUUGUUAUUGACGAUGGAAGUCAGCCAAAGAUUGAAAUUGCAUCGAAAGAUAGGAAUAUAAUUGCAGCCACGUUCACUCAUUUUUUGUUGAAAAAUAUUGGUGGGAGUGAGACAUUUAAAGACAAACAGGACUUUUUCUACCACGAAGUUCGCAAAUAUCAUUCAAAUUUCUACCACGAAAAGUUGUCGCUUAAAGUGAAUCGUGAAAAAAUAUUGGAGUCCAGUAUGAAAGCUACAAAAGGGUUCUCCGUAUCGGAUUGGUGUGGCAAUUUCGAAGUAACAUUCCAGGGGGAGCAAGGAAUAGAUUGGGGCGGUUUAAGACGCGAGUGGUUCGAAUUGAUUUGUUGUGCUCUGUUUGAUCCGCGCAGUGGAUUGUUUUGUAGCUUUCAUGAUAAACAACAGGCACUUGUUCAUCCGAAUUCAAAUCGGCCGACAUCUCUGAAACUCAAACAUUUUGAAUUUGCUGGAAAAAUAGUCGGAAAGUGUCUAUAUGAAAGUGCAUUGGGCGGAUCUUAUCGACAAAUGAUUCGGGCACGAUUUACGCGCAGUUUUCUUGCGCAACUGAUUGGAUUACGCACUGGCUACAGAUAUUUUGAGCAUGACGAUCCAGAUCUGUACCUUUCGAAAGUGAAAUACAUACUGGAAACUAAUUUGGAUGAGAACGACAACUUGGAACUAUAUUUCACUGAAGAUGUUUAUGAUGCAAGUGGCCAACUGGUUAAGACCAUUGAAUUGAUACCAAAUGGAUCAAAAAUCCGUGUAACUAAUGAGACGAAAAAUCAGUAUUUGGAUGCACUGGCACAACAACGUCUUUGUAAUGCCGUGCGUGAUGAAGUCGAUAGCUUUUUAAAGGGCUUAAAUGGUAUAAUACCUGACAACCUGCUGAGCAUAUUUGAUGAAAAUGAGUUAGAGCUUUUGCUUUGCGGCACAGGUGAAUAUAAUAUAAGUGAUUUUCGUAUGCAUCACAUUGCAAAUGGCAAUUCACCUGAAUUUCGCAAAGUCCUUGGCUGGUUUUGGACGGCAGUUAGUAAUUUCAAUCAGACCGAAAUGGCGCGUUUACUACAGUUUACCACAGGAUGUAGUGUCUUGCCACCAGGAGGGUUUCAAGAAUUGAGUCCAAGAUUCCAAAUCACGGCUGCACCAACCUUUGGCAAUUUACCAACAGCCCACACAUGCUUCAAUCAACUAUGCUUGCCUGAUUACGAGAAAUACGAAUACUUUGAAAAAUCGUUGCUUAUUGCAAUUUCGGAAGGAACAGAAGGAUUUGGCAUGGUUUAAAUUCGGCAUUCAUCUCAAUCAAAUAAGAGCAUAAAGUGCUUAAGGUCCACAAUAUCGGCAUUAUUAAUUUUCCCUUAUAAUCAAUGGACGCAGUCAAUUUCAAUUAAAAAUCACAUAUUAUGUUCAAUGAGGUCGCUUUAAAAGUUAUACCAAUGUAUAAUGACUACACGCGUAAGUCGUAAUUUUGAUCUCCCUCAUAGCACACAAACCACUCGAAUUAAAAUAUCAUUACAAGCGGUGAUAAAUGAAAAAAAAUUGUAGUUAUUAAGCCGUAAUACUUAGGAAAUGAUGAAACGUAUUUUUAAUUGUUGAAACUUCAAAAACAUUUCAAAUAUGUUAUCAAUGAUUAAAAAGAGCACAAUUUGAAUUGCACAAGUUGAAAUGAUCUUC